CUCAAAACAUCUAUAAAUCACUUUGAAAAUGCAAUUUUAUCUUCAGUUGGUAAGAUUGAGAGAAAAUCAAAACUAAUUAAAACCGGACAGGUAAAAACAUUUGAUUCGAAAACCCUUUUGAAAACAUUAUGAAGUUCUUUAUUCCAACUACUUCUCGAGGCGAGCGUAUUAAUUCAAUAAUGUUUUGGCUUUUGAAAUUCAAUUGGGUCUGGCCCUUAGCCGAAGACUCACCAGAAUAUCAAAAUAUUAUAGUCAAUUGCUUAGUUUGGAUUUUACUAUCAGGUUUUUUCGCAGUUUUUUAUGCUGAGUAUCUUUUUAUCAAAGUUAACCAAAAAGACAUAUCUCAAGUAGCUGAAGGACUUUGUGCACUUAUUAUAGGAACACAGGGUAUUGUUAGAGUUUUCCAUUUGAUUUUGCGUCGCAACCAAAUGAGGGAUGUUUUGCAGAAAUUUUACAAAAAAAUUUAUGUCGAAAAAACAGAGAAUGAAAAACUACACACUAGUUGUGAAAAUAGUUUACGAUUGGUUUAUUUUAUGACUUGGUCGUUUCUUUUAACACUCUUUUUCAUUUACCUUAGUGCAGCAAUUAAGGUAGCUAGGGAUCCAAGGUCUAAUGAAAAGCCAUAUCUAGUAAAAAUGGAAUUUUUUUACGAUGCCCAGGAGCCUUGGAAAUAUGCAUUUACAGUUAUUUACACAGGCUAUGUGGGAUUCUGCACGGCUUGCAUUAUUUCUGCAGAGGAUUUUAUUGUGGGAUCAACACUCACUCACUGUGCAGCAAGGUAUCAAAUGUUGCAUAAGGAUUUAAGCGAAUUAUACGAGAAGUCAUUAAAAAGUUUCAAAUCACUUAACCAAGAAAAACCUGAUGAAAUGUAUAAUAUAUUUCGGGCCAAUUUGAAAGUUAUUAUAAAGAAACAACAAAAUCUGGAUAAAUUCUUGCAAGAGAUUCAGUCAUUUCUUAGUUUGCCAAUAUUUUCUUUGGUCUUAUUCGGAGUGUUUCUAAUGUGCACGGUUGCAUUUGCUUUACAAAGGAAUGGUCUUAGCCUCGAAACAUUUCGAUACUUUUUCUGGUUGGUAUCUAUAUGUUUGCAGUUUUUGAUGAUUGGAUCUUUUGGUCAACGCUGUACAGAUGCUGCUGCUCAAAUGUCUGAAUCAUACUACAUGUGUAAUUGGGAACUAAUUUUAUUUUAUGGCAACACCCAAGCUAAUGUAAGACUUAUAAAAGAUAUAAGCUUUGCAAUUUACAGAUCUCAGAAAUCCGUUCAUCUCAAUGGUAUGAAUUUCAUGGUUUUAUCUUCUAAAAGCAUUGGAUCGGCUAUGAGCUCUUCGGUUUCGUAUUUUAUGUUUCUAAAUGAGAUGGAUAAAAUCGGCUAGAAAUGAAACAAAAACUGAUGCAAGGAUUUUUUAAUCGUGAAAGGCGAAGGUAAACAUUGAUAAAAUUAAAAACUUUAAGCUUUAAUUUUUUCAAAAUGAAUGUAAAUAGUGAAAU